AUUUCAGCCCUGACGCUUGCUUUUGUAUUUGAUUCGCGUCCCGUUUACAUAUAAUUUAAAGGUUUUGAAACGAUACAGAAGCAAGAGUCUAGUCAUUCGUCGUAGUCUCGUUGUUGGUUUCGUCGUCGUCGCUGGUGUCGUUACAGUAUGUCUGAGAAACCGACUGUUUUAAUUUUGGGCGGCUGCGGCUUCAUUGGACGCAACUUGGUGACUUACUUGUUAAAAAAUGAGCUGACGCAGGAAAUACGAAUUGUUGAUAAGACUCCGCCACAAAUGGCCUGGCUGAAUGAGCAGCAAACCAAGGCCUUCGCCCAUGAUAAAGUCGAGUUUUUCAGCGCGAAUUUAAUUAAUGCCGCCUCAUGCAAAUUGGCGUUCGCACCACACCCAACAACGAAUCGAGGCUGGGAUGUGGUCAUCAACUGCGCAGCCGAGACGCGUGCGAACCAAGAUGAUGCCGUCUAUAAGGAGGGCAUCUACAAGCUGAGCAUUAACUGUGCCAAUGAAGCAGCCAGUCAGCAGGUGAAACGAUUUGUGGAGCUCAGCUCGGGCUGUGUGAACAGCAGCGAGAAAACGCCGCUGAAAGAAGACUGCAAGCUGGAGCCCUGGACGGGCGUGGCCAAGCAAAAGCUUAAAGUCGAAAAGGAGCUGGCGCACAUCAACAAUCUGAGCUAUACGGUGGUGCGCCUACCAAUUGUUUACGGCAUUGGUGAUAAGCGCUAUUUAAUGCCACGCAUUAUAAUAGCAGCCAUAUACAAAUUUCUGGGCGAGACAAUGAAACUGCUGUGGAACGAUGCGAUGCGGCUCAAUACGGUGCAUGUGAGCGACGUGUGUGCCGCGAUUUGGCAAUUAGCUCAGAGUCCAAAAACGGCUGGACAGGUCUACAACAUUGUGGAUGACUCAGCGUCUACGCAGGGCAGCAUCAGCGAUUUGCUAGUGGACAUUUUUGAAAUCAAUGUGGAAUACUUUGGCAUUGUUAUGUCCAAUUUGACAAAGCUCUAUCCAAGCGACACGGUGGGUGAAAUCAACGAUAAGCACAUGGCGCCCUGGGCUGAUAUUUGCCAACACAAUGGCAUUGACAAUACACCGCUUACACCGUACUUGGACGAGGAGCAAUUGCAUCAUAAACAUCUCUAUCUGGACAACACGAAACUGAAGGACUUCGGCUAUACACUGCAGCACCCAAAGCUGACGCGCGAAUUGCUUAUGGAAAUGAUUGACGAUUAUGUGAAGCAGCAGCUAUUCCCGAAAUCUCUGGCGAUCUAAAUUGAAGCUGCGAACACUGUUUGGACCAAGCACCACGUUAAUACGCACACAACAAUUUUUUAUUAGUUAAGUGGAAAGUUUUGAUAUUGCGAAUCUACUAUAUACGACCACGAACUAUCUUCCAAUUUAUGCCAGGUUUAUUGUCCUGUAAUUUGUUUUGUAGCUUUCGCAAAAACAAAGAAAAAAGGAAAAGUGUACUUAUAGUAUUAUGUGUAGCUCCCAAUAUUUUUAUAUACAUAUAUAAACAUAUCUUAGUAUUCCCAUACAUUCCAAUCAAUUAUAAAAUGUAUACGUAAUGGAAAGACUAAAAUUGAUAUUGUGAUGUUUUUAGUGGCCA